CCGUUACAAAAUAACUCUCUUUAGGUCUGGAGUCUCGUUUUAAGACUAAAUCAAGCUACAUGCGAUACAGCUGUGAAAACCGAAUACGAAGCUACAUGAAAGAGGUUAAUGGCUUUAUUUCGAACGUUCAUCCGACAGCAAGAGAUGCAUAUAAAAAGAUAGUUGACCUUAUGCUGGAUAAACUGAAAUCUGUGAAAUACAACGGGUGCUACUUCGACAGGCGAGAGGAGGAGGAGGCAGCUCGCCUCUGCACUGUAGAGGGAUGGUUCUCCUGCCAAGGGCCUUUUGACAGAGAUUUCUGCCCCUGUAAGCACUCCAUCAACCCCUACAGUAACAGGGAAAGCAGAAUCCUCUUCAGUACCUGGAAUCUCGACCAUAUAAUAGAGAAGAAAAGAACUGUUGUCCCAGAACUGGCAGAAGCUGUCAAAGCACGGGAUGGAAGAGAAGUGAACUGGGAAUACUUCUAUCAGCUGUUGUUUACCUUGGAUAAUCUAAAACUUACAAUUUCUGCCUUUUUAGCUUGAGUUUGCUUGAAGCAAGACAUGCAGUGUUACUGGGAAAGCAUCACAUUGAUGUCCUGCUUUAGAAUAUUUAUGGCUUCUGAAACAGGCUCUCUGCCUCUCAUGAAA